UCCAUUUGUCAAUUUAUUAGCAAAAUUAAUCCUAGGAUAAUUAUUGAAAAUAAUAAUAUGGAGGAUGAACGGAAUAUAAAAUCAAAGGAAAAGCCGACUUCUUCACCUGGUGAUGGCAUAAGGUCGAUGCGUUCAACCAAUGUGUUCCGGGCUAUCAAUUUUGAGCUGUACGCAAAGCCAAAUGUCGUAAUCAUGGGUCUCGGAGUGGUAGCAAUUGGAAUAACCUUCGGAUACAUUGCCUACAUGCGUUCAAAGUACGAAGGUCUAGGAUAUUACACGGCUGUUCAGGAAGACGGAAAAGAGCUAUUUGUGAAAAGAAAGUCUAAAUGGGAAUAACAAAAUUGUUUUUGAUGGAAUUAAACUGUAGUACUUAUAUGCGUUUCAAACAUGCAUCGUCCUUCGAUCUUUACAUUCAAAAUUAGACUGAUUUCAAGAAAAGG